AUGAAGAAUAAAUACAAAAAAAUUUACUUUUAUAUAAUAUUUUCUUGUUUUUGUUUAUUUGGUAGAAAAGGAAUUUUUGUGUGGAGUAAUAUUUAUUUUGUUGAAAACUAUGAUAAUCCAUUUAUCAAUGAACAACCAUAUAACUUGGGAAAUUUUAACCAAGAUUCUGUUCAAAAUCAUGGAAUAACGAGAAUAAGCUCAAAUAGUGAAAAUCCUUUGAUCCUAGAGGGCCCAAUUAGAUUUGAUCAGCCCAUAACUGCUUUAGGUAAACAACUUGCAGCUGAGCUUAAAAAUAUUCAAUUUGGAAGUAAUAAUUUGUUUGAGAAUCAAGACACGGAGUUAGUUCAAUCUAAAAAUAAUCUAGGGCAAGAUGUUUUUGUAAGGCAUGAGGAGAAAAUCGAGCAAAAAAAAGCCAAAUCAAAAUCGAAAUCUGAAACAGUAGAAGAUGAUUUGCCAAUAAAUUCUUCUUCUUCGAUUUCACAUAGAGAAUAUUUUCUUCCCAUUCCGAAAGAGCUCGGAAAAGGAGUUAAAUUAAAUGAAAGUUGCCUCUUUUCACCCACGCCAAUGAAGAUCCCGAAAAAAAAUGUCUUUUGGAAAAAAAUUGAAGAUUCAAAAGUAGAUUACCGUUCUGAAGUUAUUAGUCCGGUAUCCAACGACAAUACUCCAUUCAGAACAUCCUCCGAAUGUUUAAAUUUAUUUGACGAAGCUUUUAAUGCUUAUCGAAAAAAGGAAUUAUUAAUUUCUCCAGAAAGAUUUGUGAGCUUAACAAGACAAGUUGGCAUGCAACUACGAGAUUCUUUAUUAAGCACUAAUUAUGUGGUUUCUACAGAAGAUUCGUGUUUGGCAAUGAGGAUGGUACUAUUUUUACCGCAUCAAUUAAGAAAUACCGUAAACUGCAAAUCUGCAAUUAUCGCUGCAAUAAGGGAUUUAGAAGAGAUGUCUAAUUUUGAGCUUUUGGGACAGUUCGAUGAUCACAUAGAAUCAAAAUUCAAAGAUGUUUCAUUUGCUUGUAAAAAUACACUUAAAUUCAAUGAGCCAAUUAGACAUUUUGGUAACACACAAAUUUUUAAGCCUAGCGAAAUGGCAAAACUUUUCAGACUAGAUUUAACUGCAAAAGACUUGCAGUUUUUUCAUAGACUUUCAAUUCCACAUAGAAAAGCAGCUCUGAAAGUUCAAGAAAGCUAUCAAAAAUAUAUGAAAGAUACUUUGCUUUAUGAUGUUGCCGCAUCAAUAAUAUUUCUGCUAAAUGAAUUGCACAUGGUUGAUCAGUCAAUAGAACAAUGCAGUAUUGUUGUAAUUCUUUGUACUUCCAUACAAAACGGUGAGAAUUCAAACUUGAAUCAAAUUACUGCAGAGCAAAUGUGCAAGGAACUGGGGAUAGAAAUCGCUUCAAAAAAGCAUAAUGUAAAAUAUAGUAGUUCAAUACUUGUUCAAUUGUUGAAGAGACAGACUCACGGUAGACCAAUAUUCGAACGAGAAUUAACCUCAUAUACUCUUCCUUCUGGGAAAACGUUUUUAUCAUCGUCUAAAUAUGGGUAUCCAAAAAUAUCUACAAAUUUAGAGAUUUGGCCAUCUGUAGGUAAGAUAUUUUCAGAUGGUACAAUCAGUAGUUAUUCUGUUCCAGUAUGUACAGGACUCCUCGCAUUUGAAUUUAACAGGUUUUUAUUUUUGAGCACUAUCAUUGAAAGAUACUUAAUUGUUUCUGGGCUAAGUAAAUUGAAAUUAACGGUGGAAGAUAUUUGUUUAAUUGCAAAAUACUAUCUUGCAUACAAAAAAUACUUCAGAAAUGAGUUGGGGAACAAAAUCCCUCUAGAAGAUGCGAUCCCUCUGGCAAUAUUUAGAGUUUCUCAAAAGUUGAGCUUAGAUAUAUUCACGAUUUCAGCAUGUAGAGAGAUAUAUAGGGAGUUUUCUCAAGAAGAAGAAGCUGCAUUAAAGAAGAUUACUGGCUUUAGUCUUCAAGAUAAGUUGGAAAGUUAUUAUUCAAAACCACCUUUUAGUUAUAACUCGAACAUUGUUUUAACGAGUCUUCCUAAAAUUAUGGUUAAAGGAAAGAACGAAUUUAAUAGUUGGAGUGUAUUCCAAAAAAAUAAUGUUUGUUCUCAAUUAGAACACUACGUUUUAAACAGAAUGGUACUUUUCGUGGCUUAUGUUCUUGCAUUUUGGAGGAAGAACAGAUCUUCCGAAAAAAUACCAUUUAAAAAUUUUACUGAGAUAUGCAGUGGUUUUUCUGGAGAUUAUGUGGGUUUUAAGCCAAAAGUUAAUGAUUUCAAAUUAUUUACAGAAGAUUGGUUGCUUCAGAAGGACAAAAUAACUCUUUAUGCAAGUACUCUAGAUUCAGUUUGGAAUAACUUUUUGAUGUUCGAAAGUACUGCUUUUCCGAAAAAUACAGAGGAAUCUGAAUUGGAUUAUUUACAGAGGAUCUAUCACAAUACACUUGUACCUGAACCAUUAUUUAUUGAAGACUGGAAAAAUAUAGAACUUCCUAUUCGAAUUGACAUUGCGGAAUUCAUUAAAUUGUUGCCACUCGUGCAUAAACCUUUAGAUAUAUUUUCCACUCUUGAUAAUAUAACUCUUAAUCACGUAACAUUAAUCAGAGCAUUUCUUGAGUCUUUCUUUGAAGAAACUUACCAGUUUCCAAUAAUUAUUUCUGAAAAGGAUAUACUUUUGUUACUUGAGCGUCGUGAACUCGAGAAAAGGUCCAUGGAUGAAUUGUUUUUCGAGAUCAUGUCAGCUAAGAGUGAUUGGACAUGGAUUAAACAGGAAACAUCAUCGCACGCAAUUCUUAAGCUUCUUGAAUAUUUGAACACGGUAAAAAAGAGUGUGGAGGAUCAUAUUAAAAGAACACCAACAAAAAGUGACAUUUACUCGGUGCCUAGGGCAAUAUUUGUUCAUGGAAAAUGGUUAAUAAAAGCGCCUCAUCCGAUAUUUUCCCCAUCAACACCUUUACAAAAGAGAGCUUUGAAUGGACUUCCUAAGUUUCUAAUAAAUAAGGCCCGUUAUAUUCAAGCGUAUUUUAUCAAUGCUUUUAAAACAAUUCUUCAGUUUGAUCUUUCACUCCAUCUUGCAGACAUCGUUUAUUCACUCACAAAUUGUGCAGGUGAUGACAAAAAACUAGUAGAAUUACUCAAGGAACGGAUUUCUGCUAAGAAUGGUCAGGAAUUUGUUACCCAUAAAGUAGUCAGUGAAAUUUAUAGUUCUUGCAUGUCCUUCAGUUUCUAUAGGUAUCUCCUUAAAGGUGCGCUGUCAGAAGAACAAGCAUUUGCAGCAUCCAGAGUAUUUUACAAGCCAAAAAUUGGCUGGAAAUUUCUUCCUCCAAAUGUUCCCGAUUUUUCAAAACUUUUGGUAUUAAGCAAAGCCUUCAAAAUUGAAAGUAAUAGCAAUGAAUUUGAUCAAGAUCCUUAUAAAAAAAUAGAUGAAACAAAUACUCAAAAAAUAAUUAUUAGGCCUUAUACAUGGGCAGCUUUAAAAGGAAUUCAUGAACAAAAAAAACUAGAAAUUUGGCAACUUAACAGGGCAAUAUCUAUGUGUGCAUAUUUUAAUCAUUGGAUUUCACAUAAGUUUUCUAUGAAAAAUCCAAAAGACCUUCAAGUAUCAAACUGCAUAAAUGCAAUAUACCGUUUAAAGAAUAAUAAUGAAAGAUUAUCUCAAUCAGAAAUAUUGCAGGUUUUUUUAAGAUACAUAGGAAUAUCUUUUUUGACAGAAGAUGAUAUUCGUGAAAUGCUCUCAGCAUUCACUUCAUUUGAAUCUAUAGGUAAACCAAAUAACAUGGGUUCUAGGCAGUGGUUAAUUAACUUAUAUAGAAUUCCUCAAAUUCAAGAGAACAACCAAAAUUCUUUACCAGAAAAAUUUGAAUCACUCAGAUUCUCUACCCCUCCUGUAUUUGGUGAACAAAGAACUCUUUUUGAACGUGACCAGGCACAAAUAAUAACUACUAAAAACUUAGAGAUUCCCGAAAUUUUUAUACCGGCGGAUCUAGAUUCUGAUUCGCUUAAUAAUAUCAGAGAAUUACUUGAGAGCUUUACUUUUCGUUAUUUAGAUAGAAUCGGGAUUGCUGAAACUGAUCUUAAAGAUCUAAAUUUUUCAAUGAAAGAUGUGCUUUAUAAAAUGCGGAGUGACCGAAAACUAUCGUUUUCUGAAGCAAUGGAACAAUAUAUAUCUGAAAUUGGAAGCAAAAUUCAAGGAAAUAUUUUUAAGAAGCUUUCAGGAGCGUUCUACAAAUUUAUUUUCCUAAAGUUUGCAAGCAACAAUGAAGAGUCAUUUGAACAGAUACUGAGGCGAAUAUCUAUGAGUAGGGUAAUUACUGAUAAAGGAAAACUUCCUUUUGAUAUUCCAUUGGGUCUUGUUGCAGGGAAACUUGAUCUGGGUCUCCCAUAUAAUUUUCAUUCUUUUGGAGAGAUGAACUUCGCACGGUUGGUGGUGGCUUAUGUAAAUGAAUAUUUGAUAGAACAAUUUGAUCUUAGAAAUAAAAUUUCAGCUGAUGGCACUCUUGAUAAAAAUAUUCUCAAGGAAUUUCCCGGGUUUCUUAGUGAGGAUUGUGUCGCAAAAGGUAUGGAUAUUAUUAGGAAGGGGGGAAUCGACCUUCAACAUGCAUUGGACCAAUCUUGCUUACCAGAAUUGCCCUGGAUAAACACAAAAGUGUUAAGAAUGCUAAUAUCUGGGCUAAUGACAUAUUGCAAAUUAAAUUUAAAGGGCUUUCCUGCUGAAAGAAAUGGAAGAAGUAUUUUGGAUUUUUCCAGGGAAAACUUAAAUUUUCCUCUUGUAUCAUUUGAUAAACGCUUCGAAACAUGGACCAUGCAAAAUGUAAGGAAAAAUACAAGAGUUGAGGAAAUUAGAGACUUUGAUUCUAGGUUUUCAACUCUGGAAUCCGUUGGGAUUGUAGAUCCGAUUACAGGAGUCAUUAUUUCUUCGAACUUCAAUUAUUGUAGUGAAAUGAAUAUACCACAGGUAAACAGACUGCUAACUAAGCUUCAAUAUUACAAGCAUUGUAUUUCUGAUAAUACAGUAUCGAACCUUGACGUUGAUCGAUUAUUGGAUCUGAAUAUUUGGUGCAUUGCUCUACGUCAGGAACUACCUGGGAUGAAGAAGACGUACUCAAACAUGUUAUUUACUUACUUUGGAAUCCGUGGAACUAUUAGAGAGAGCUUUGAGAUUCUAGAAGAUUCGUUCGAAUUUUUAGAGGAAUCUUGGCUAGGAAACAACUCUAUGAUAUCAAUUAAACGAUGGAUUCAGGAAUUUUAUUCAUCACACUCUAAAGCAUUCUCCCAAUUAAAUUCUCUUAUAAAAUCUGGAAAGCUUUUUUGCCCAAGAAUAAUUACUGAAGAAGAAUUAUACCAAUUACAAAUUAUUCAGAAAGAAACCGUGUUUAAUCGUGUAGAGGCAUUCCAGGGAUUUUCUGAAGUUUUCUUAAGGGAAAAGUACGGAAUAAUUUUUGAAUCUAGACCAAUCAUUGUAGCACUUUUGGUGAAUGGGUUUUCAAGAAUUAAGGCAUCUAAUUACAAUAUAACGUUAAUCAGGUCCAUGGUGCCUAUUGCAUCUGAUGAAAUUUCAAACUAUUUAAUUGAAGCCUUUAAUGAAUUUGAAACUAAUUUACUAAAAGGUGGUCUAUCUUCUUUACAAGAUUUAUAUCAAAAUCCAAUUUGCGAACGUAUACAAGGAAAUUGGUAUUUUCACGUUAAUAUGGAAACAAUAAAUAGAAUUAAUGGGUCAACAAUUUCAAAAUUUAUCUUUUCCGAAUUGCAAAUAAAUAGAUUCCAAAACAUUGUGGCAUUUUUAAACACUGCUUUGAGCUCUAAGUAUUCAGAUAAACUUUUGGGAUCUUAUAUUUCGUUUAAACAUAUUGCUACAUUAUUUAAAGCAGAAAUUGAUCUUUCUUCUUUUGCCCAUUUCCUUAAUUAUUUCCACCGAAUAUUACAGGAUGACUUGAGUUUCUCACCAUGGCUUACAGUAAAGGCAUUAAAAGGAAUUCUCCAAGCUUUUAUUAAUUGGGAAAAAAUAGAAAUUUUCAAGGUUUCACCAAAAAAUUUGAGUUUCGCAGUUUCAAAUGUAGAUAUGGGAAAAUAUAGUAAUUCACCAGUAGGAAUGAUCAAUGGUAAAUGGCAUUGGUAUACUUGGUGUAAAAAACCAAAUUUUGAUACUUUAAUACAACGUGAAGUUUUGGGGGAUGAGGUUGUACAUGUUUUAACUUCUCAGGAAAGAAAUAUAUACGGAAUUCCUAGUAUCAAGCAUAAAUUCGAGAUUACUACUUUAUUUAUUCAAUAUUUUCUUCAGGAAAUAUUGAAUAUUCUUAUACCCUUCAGACCUGAUGUUACUAUAAAAAUAUUCAGAGGAGAAACAAGUUUAUCUCCUGAAUCAGUCGAGUUCCUUAAGGACCUAUGGGAGCACUAUAAAAACUCAUUUAUUUAUAGAGGUUCUCUACCUAAACACGAUUUAUUUCACAAUCCGGUAAUAAAUGUUGUAAAUAAACAGAAAUUCUUCCCAAAUGCUGGAAUUCCUCAGUUUGAUAAUUUUGAUUUGUCAUCUAUUCCAUCAUCUCUGGUGGGAAUAGGGAAUUUCUAUGGUGGAUUUAAUCUCAGAUCUAAGUUAGAAAUUAAUAGAUUGGUGACUAUUUGCGUAUUCAUUAAUCUAAGCUUUGAAGUUUUUAUUGAUGGUUCUACAAAUAGCAACGAUAUUCUUGAACCAAUAGACUUAUAUCCCAUAUUUAAGGAUAAGAUGGAAAAAUCGAUUACUGAAAUAAGCGAAGAAAUUAUUGAAUUUUUCAAAAAAGAUUACCCAUUUUAUUCAAAUAAACAAGAAAAGAUAUCACAUUUAAAGAUUACACUACUUAAUUAUGGUAAUUUUGAGGAAUCUAUGCUAGAUAAAGGAUGGGAUUUUUCAAAAUUAUACAAGAAACCUAUUACCUUUGCAAUCCAAAAUGGUUACAAAAUGAAUUUUAAUUUGAAGAGUUAUCUGCCUAAAGUAACAAACUAA